AACUAAAGCAUAUCACAAUCAAAACAGAGUUGAAGAACGAAGAGAAUAUCUAGGAUCUAGCUUUUUUCUCCCAUACUAAUCUUUUACCCAAUGGCCUCAAUUAAUAUUUUUGUUGUAUUAGCUCUUGUUUCAGCAAUCAUUGCUCCGGCUUUGGCAACAGACUUUGUGGUUGGAGAUGCCGCUGGCUGGAAAACCAAUUUCGAUUACAAGACAUGGGCUGCUGGCAAAGAGUUUCACGUUGGCGAUAAACUCAUUUUCAAUUACCCUGUUGGAGUUCACAAUGUUCACAAAGCGGAUUUAGCUUCAUUUCAGAGUUGCACACCAUCCGCAACAAGUGUGGCCCUCACUACCGGAAGUGAUGUGAUUACUCUUGCAAGUGAAGGCAAAAAAUGGUACUUAUGCAGCAUAGCUUCUCACUGUGCCUCUGGAAACAUGAAGCUUGCAAUAACAGUGUUACCUCAGGGAGAAUCUCCUGCUCCAGCUCCUGAAGUUUCUGCAGCUUCUGGAUUUGGGGGCUCUACACAUAUGUUAUGGAUUGCUGCAGCAUUGGCAACACUAAUGACGAUGAUUUAAUUAAGACCAGGAGAGAGUUCAGUAAUUUUUCUAAUUAUGAUUUGUAUUAUGACAAUUUUCUUUUAUUACGGAUUAUUAUUAUAAUAUUUGUGGAUGAUCAGUAAAUUAAUGAUAUGCGGCAAGAGCUUACAUUUACAGA